CGCAAACUCGAUCUCAGCUCGCUCGUCCACCACAGUUCGCCCAGUUUGACGGCGAGGCUUUUAGGCCGGGUCAAGGAGAAUCUAGAGGUUCUGAUUGCGCCCAGAGUGUCCUUCUCAUCUAACAGUCUCCCCGCGCUGUCCAAAUGCCUCAAACUCCGACAUCUAGAUCUCUCCCUCGUGGGCGACGCCAUGCCCUUCCCCCUGCUGAAAAGGGCCGUCAGCAGACUCGAUAAUCUCACCGCGCUCCGUCUCCCACAAUCAACCUCCAUCUCCGAUUCCGAGUCCUUCUCCAUCCCCUGGCCGCCCUCGCUCCGCCGCCUCCAAUUCAGCGGCCGCUUUUCCCCGCUGGUCAUGCCCACUUUCCCCUGGCCUCCGUCCCUCACAACCCUAACCCUCAAAAACUGCGCCGACCUCUCCGAGACAACCCUCAGCACCCUGAUAAGCAGCCCAGACCUAGCCCGUACGCUGAAGCGCCUCACGGUCUCCGGCUUCAACCGCCACCUCAGCUCCGAAUCCAUCAACGCCAUCCUCGUCUUUCUCCCCAAUCUCUCCUUCCUCAGUAUCCCCGGUGACUUGGUCGAGAGCACGUUCCUGGAUCUCCUCUACCACGUCGGCUCCGGUGCCCUCGAGGUCCUCGAAUUCGGAUACCCCAGUUUCGACGCCGCGCUCUAUUUCACCCACGCUGAGCUCCUCCGACUGCUGCGGCGCCACGGCGCCGUACCCAAUCUCCGCGCCGUAGGCUUUUCCGAGGUGUUCUGCACCGAAGACCGCAUGGUCGAUGACGACGAGAUCGAUGAGAUUCUCACCAGACGCGCGCAAUCCGGUCCGUCCGUGCAAACCAGCCCGGACGCGCACAGGUCUGUUUCGGAUGUGGAUCCGGGCGUUUACUACGUCUGAGCCGUAUAAUCUAGUCGAGGCUUUUAUGAUUCAUGCAUGACAUGCCGUUCUGUUUUUUGGUCUUGCCGGGAAUUCGGUUAGAUAAACGGAGCUGUUCUUGAUUCUUGAUGGGGGGAAACCCCCUGAAUGAUUUGUAAAAAAGUUAUAGCUUUGUUGAAACAUUGGGUAUAUUUACUGUCUUGACUCUCCGGGGGGUCUCACGGUACUUCCUACUUACUGACACACAUAAAUAUAUAAACUAUAUUUACUUACCUCACUAGCCACCGACCUUAUAG